AUGGAACCCGUUGUGAGGGAGGUUUCUAAGGAAACUGGGCUACACAUCGAGGUGUUCAACGUAAACAACAAAAAGGGUUCAAAGGUCUACAGUAAAAUAUCACUCCUGUGUAAUACAAACAGCGUCCCACUGUACUAUAAUCUCAAGAGUGGAUACUCAAUCGUAGGAGUGACCACUCAUGAAAAUCUAAGGAACUGGGCUCUGGGUCAAAAUCCAAGUAAAAUGGCCAACGUACGCAUGGAAGAGUUGGAGGACGCAGCUUAUAGAGUUACGCUAGAUCUGUGUUUAUUGUAUACUUUUGAGAACGUUAAAAGAGUAAUAAUUAGGGGUAUUGGGGUAGAAUACAGAGAAUCAUCAGACAGGUAUGCUUUUGGUCUUUGGAAGCUAUCUAUCAUUAGAUUUUAG